AUGUUUAGGUUGUCAGGCAUCAGAGGCAAGAAGAGAAAACGAGAAAGCGAUGACGGAUGCUUUCAUCCACAAAAAAACAGACUGCUCAAAGGAGGCGCGAUCAAACAUGUCACGGAGGAGGAGAUAAAAUACGACGAUGUGAAGCCUCGCAGUUUACGUGAAAUUCUGUACCCUGAGCUCGAAUCUUGGGGCAUAGAUCCCGCAGACUGGCCGACAUUUGCAUUGGAAGAGCUAGAGGCUGAGCAGGAAAAGGAGAGAAAGAAGAAGGAGCAGGAAAAGGAGAGCUUUGGAGACUCUACAUCGGACUUGAGCGACACAUUGGACAAUCUCACAAUCUUCGAUGGCGACGACACUGUCAUGCGUACGCCUUAUACGAGUUCUGAGUUUGGUAAUGAUUCCGAAGUAUCUAUGAUGGAAAGCAUUUCGGACUGGGGAGAUUUUUACCGUGCAAGAAGACGCGAUUCAGACAGCUCAAUCACAAUUCCUCUUUGCAUCGAUGUCGACGAUGUCGAUAUGGAUGAACUUCCUAUUGGUAGCGGACGGGGAUUUAUACCGCCACAACUGGAUCUGGAGCCGGGCUUGACGGGCCAAAUGUCGGGAUUUCCUCUUGCCGGUCAAGUUCCUGUUGUCCCUGAAGGCGCCACCUUGAAGGAAUUAUGUUCUCUUCUCGGUCAAGUUCCUGUUGUUCCUGAAGGUUUCAUCAUGAACGACUUAUUUGGUCUUCCCGGUCAGGAUCCUUUUAUUCCUGGAGAUGUCAUCCUGGAAGAAUCAUUUCCUCCUUCCGGUCAAGCUCCUGUUAUUCCUGAAGAUGUUAUCCUGCAGGAAGUGUUCCCUGCUCCCGAUCAUGCUCCUGUUAUUCCUGGAGAUGUCAUCCUGGAAGAACCGUUCCCUCCUCCUGAUAAUGCUCCUGCUGUUUCUAAAGAUGUUAUCCUGAAAGAAUCAUUUACUCCUUUCCGUCAAGCUUCUCUUUUUCCUGAGGACGUCAUCUUGAAAGAAUCGUUUCCUGCUCCCGAUCAUGCUCCCGUUGUUUUUGAGGAUGCCAUUCUGAAAGACUCGUUUCCUCCUCCCAGUCAAGCUCCUGUUGUUCCUCAAGAUAUCAUCUUGCAAGAAGUAUUUCCUCCUCCCGGUUAUGCUCCUGCUGCUCCUGAAGGUGUCAUUCUACAAGAAGUGUUGAUUCCUCCCGGUCAGGCUCCUGUUGUUCCCGAAGAUGUCAUCCUGCAAGACGUGUUUCCUCUUCCCGUCCAAGCUCCUGCUGCUCCUGAAGGUGUCAUCCUACAAGAAGUGUUUCCUCCUCCCGGUCAAGCUUCUAUUGUUCCUCAAGAUGGCAUCCUGAAUGAAGUGUUUGGGCAGUGGGUACCAUACCGCAUGGAGGCGCCUCCGAGAUCUGAGUAUAGUGUGGAAAUGAACGACGAUGCAAGUGUUAAAGCAGAGACAGAAGCGAGCUGGGAGACAGCGACGGAAAGGGGAAUCGGAGCCGAAAAUGAAGCUGCAGCCAAAACAGAAACCGAGUUUAGGCCAUAUGUGGGAAUCAAAGUGGAAGAAACAGGAACAAGAACGGCAAAGCCGAGAUAG